AUGGCAGUUGAAGUCAGCAAUCAUGGUAGUAGAUUGGAUCAGGCAUCAAUAUACCCCUUUUCAAUUGAUGAUCGUGUCGAAUCAGGCAAAGAAUUCCAGAAGGCAAAGUUGCAGCUAGAAGCAAAAUUGAAAUCCAUUCGCUCCUACUUCAACUCGCCUCAUGCCCCGGCUCAUACAGCUCCUCCAGCCUGCGAUCGAUGCAAUUCCAAGAAUCAUAGAAUAGCAGGAGCGUAUCAUGAUUUCUAUUCAUCGAAUCCCCCAUACGGGGUCGAUGAAUCCCGUUACCGCGAUGCGUUGGACAGAGCGUUGAGAGACCCCAGUGGCCCACAGCUGGCAGAAAUGCAUAGAGUGUUUGGAGCAGCGCUUCAGCAGCAUCUCAAGAAUGAUCUGUGUGCCUCUCAACCUGGGGACAAUGAAGAUACUCAGGCGUACAAAGAUGCCACAGCAAGUAUGUUUGAUUCUGGUAAUCAUAGCACACAAGAAAUCGUCCAAUUCUACAUCGAAAGCCAGCUCAAAGCAUCAAAAGAGACAAAAGUUGCCGAAUUCAUCAAGGGAUUACAAUAUGCUACGACACCAGAGCAGCGCGCUCAAGCAUACAUAAAUUUCUACUGCAAGUCUGAUUCCACAGAUACUGCUCAACAGCGGAACUUCAAAACGAAGUACACACGCAUUUUCGAACAACUCAAUCCUCAUGAUACUGUGGUCAGUGCUAUGAGGAGUGAGGCAGAAGAGGCGCAAGCAAGCAAAGUUUCCAAAUUAUCACAAAGUCUGGGCGAAAUGCAGAUGGCGUUCUCAGCUCAUCAAAAAAACAAAGCUAGGAAAGCAGAGAAAGAUAAGCGCAUGAACGAUCGUGAGAUUUCCCCUCGAUACGCCAAUUGCGGUAUGGAAGACUGUCCACUAGAUAUCAACAUCCAGACAGAUGAGACGAUCGAAUGUACGAUUUGCGAGUGGCUUGAGCGCAAGGGAAGUAGACGUGAACGCGUCUAUUACUGUUCAGUCGAGCAUGCGGAAGAAGAUUUCGAGAACCACGACAGACGCGAACAUCAGUGUUGUAUGGGACCCCGCUGCAUCUAUUACCCUGACAUUGGGCCUGGGGGCGAGAGCAGACAAGAUGGCGGAGAGCUUUGUGGAAUUUGCUUUGAUUGCGAGGAUCAUGGGAUCAUUAGCUUCUUUUGCUCCAAUGAUUGCUAUCAAACGAACAUGGAAUCACAUCGCGAUGAGAGCCAUUAUGACAGAGGUGUUGCCAAUAAAUCCCAGAAUCUUGAUACUUACACUCCUUCACCGGAUUUGGAGGUCGUCGAAUCUCAUCUAUGA